UCUUCCGAUUCGUUUCUUCAAUCAGUUCGAGUUUCGCCAGGUUGCUUACUUUCAUACUAUCACAAACAGAGAAGAUAUUCAGAUGGCCUAGCGAAACACCCUUUACAAUUAAUAAUCGAAAUCGUGACGUUCCAAUUACGGACAGGUUACAUCUACGCAGCUCGCAAAAUGGACGAACGAGGGCGUCUGACGAUCGACGCUGCACCUCCAGAAGAUCAGACGACAAAUCCAAUCCUCGAAGACCUGUAUCGAUACUUUUACAAGAGCCAGCUUAACGAACGAAAUAACAACAGCGAGUCGCGAUCGAUAGUACCAAUGGAUCGGCCUCGUCGAAAUGUCGGCGAGAGUCCUUGCAAGCAGAACAUGGAACACUGCAAAAUGCUGAUCAACUCGAUGUGGAGUAUCGCGAGCAUCGUGAACAACAGCAUGCCGCAUCUGCAGCGCUUCCUGAAGAACUUCUCCAGAGUGGAAACGGCGCAGAACGCGACGAAAUCGAAAUUCGUCGAGUUGAUCGAGUGCCUGCAGUGCAAGGACGACUCGAUCAGAUUCGUCGACGACUCCGGUCCAGAGAAUCAUCCGCGAACGAUGCAGGAACACCACACUGACAACAAUGAGAUUCGAAACCAGGUUGAUAUAGUCAGUGAUUUGUUGAACGACGAGAGAGGAGGAGAGCAGGAGAAUUUGAAGGCUAAUUUGGAAAUAGAAUCGACAGAUACGAAGACGACCGUGACUGGAGAGAAUGUUGAAACAUCUACGUCUGAGAGUGGUUCGAAGGCGGAUUUCACUCUAGAAAACACUUUGAGAACUUCGUCCCCGAGUGAAGCGAUGGAACACAGCGACAAGAACAUGGUCGCGGAAGCGGCGGAGAUUAACGCGAGGACGAGUAUACCAACUACAUCGAAGGUGGAAGAUACGACGACUAGAAUGAACGAGCAAACGAUCGGAACCGACGAUACUAACCGGUCCGUGGUCACCGUGGACGUGACAGCCAAACCAGACGAUGACAACGUGACGAAAAUUACGAUCGACCCGGUGCAUCAUUCGGUGCAUACUUCGAGUCAAGGUCAGCAGUCGUUGAUGAACGAGCGAAAGGAAACGCAAGCAGCGAGAGAUGUUGAACCCAGAGAGCCGACGUUCCGGGAAGUGCAAAGGAGGAUCGUCAACACAGGGAAAGAAGACGCGAAUAUGUCACCAACGGCGGAGACGAUGAAGUUCAGCCAACAGUUGCAACUGACGCCGACGAUGUCCUGGGUGCCGUACCAGGUCUGUUUCUACGGAACGGACGCGCACAAUCCGACGAAACAGUCGAUCACGUAUCCAGCGUCGUCCCCGGGAAUUUCGUAUCCGCAGCUGCGUCAAGGCUUCCAGAACUUCAAUCAACCGCCGAGUUACCUACAGGUUCAAGCGACUGCCCAACUAUUGCCGAUGCAACCCGGCCUUGGGAACUUUGGGCCGUCGGUUGGCCAGAGAAUCAGUCCGACUGGUCCCGCGAUUGCCAAUUACCCGACUUUCCCCAGUUCAGCAGUCCAGGCGAUGCCCCACAGCGCCGCCGCGAAUUCUAACGGCAAAACGCCGUACUACUGCACCUACAUUCCCGCUCCGACGUUCCAGUUCCCGCCGAUUCCUGGAGUACCGGAGUACCAGAGAGCUUCCGUCCCGUACGAGGUGGAAGAAACGGAGGACAACUCGGUGCAGCAUGAAAGGGACGAGAAGAAUUUCCUGUUUGCGCAAGCUGGUACAUGUCCGUCGAAUACGAUUCAAUGUGGCGACAACGGACGAUGUAUAGCGAGAUCGCAAUGGUGCGACGGUAUGGUAGAUUGCAACGACGCCAGCGACGAGACGAGCUGCUCCUGCAGGGACCGGAUUUCGCAGGAACGACUCUGCGACGGGUAUUUCGACUGCCCGCACGGCGAAGACGAACUGGGAUGUUUGGGUUGUCCAAAGAAUACGUUCAGCUGCAACGAUUGGCAACAGCAAUACACGACUGGCAAUUGCGUGCUGUUUUCCCAACGAUGCGACGGAAUACGUCAGUGCGCCAAUGGAAAGGACGAAACGGACUGCAACGUUCUCACCCCCUCGUACAACGAAGGGAAAAAAGUAUUCACGAUCGGCUACACCGAAGGAUAUCUUCACAAGAACUACAAAGGACAAUGGUACCCGGUGUGCACAGCGAUCGAUGCCUGGGUGAAGGAUGCUUGCGCCUCCGAAAUCGGUUUGGAAACCAGCGAGUCCGCUGAAAUAACGAUCCGCUCGAUGCCACGGAACGUGUACCAGGGUCCCUAUCUGACCCAAGUGAACAACCAGUUGAAGUUGAUUCCCUCGUGCAUGAACAAAGCGGUGUUCGUGCGCUGUGCACGGUUCCCUUGCGGAACUACCGUUUUCUCUCGCGAGGACAUCAUACGACCUAACGCGCUGCAGAAGGAAGACCGUCAGCCUUUGCAGGUGGCCGAUCAAAUCGUCUGGCCAUUGUACAGCAACAAGAUCGAUUCAAAACGCGGUGAAAACGAGAAGAGGGUGGCCAAGGAUCAGGACGAGCUGGUUGGUUCGCAGUUGCGCGUCGUCGGCGGUCGCGCCAGCCAUCCGAAAGCGUGGCCAUUUCUCGUGGCCGUUUACAAGGACGGCGUGUUUUACUGCGGCGGUGUUAUCCUGAGUGAACUUUGGGUGCUCACGGCUGCUCACUGUCUCGACGGGUGGGUAGUGUGGCUCGAUCAAAAAUUGAGCCACAAUGUGUCUCACAAACAAUUUUGCUCUGAUUCGAUCCUGUGUUUGAACACGCAGCUACGCGGGCCAGUAUUUCGAGAUCCAGGCGGGGAUGCUGCGGCAAAAUUCGUUCUCGCCGAUGUCGCAGUUCAGGAGAGCGCGGUACACGAUACUGCAUUCGCAGUACAACCCGAGAAGCUUGAGGAACGACAUCGCGAUGAUCAUGCUCGACGAUCCUCUGCGCUUCAAUCGAUGGGUGCGGCCGGUUUGUCUGCCUGGGCCGGAUCUGUUGGGGCCGAUGUGGAGGAAGAAACCGGAGCCAAACUCCACUUGCAUAGCUAUCGGUUGGGGCGCUAUCAAAGAGUUCGGUGCAAAUCGUACGACACAAUUUUUCUUUCUAACUGGUUAUAGUCAUGGUUAUAGCAAACAAUAUAGUUAUAGUUAUAGUUAUAGUAAAGUA